GCAAAAGGGGUAAGGAUGAGAUCAGAUCAAAGGCAACCUUACGCCAUUAUUGGGCGCUUGCACGCACCUUGUCCGUCCCACUCCAGGUGGACAAGAAGCGAAUGAGAUGGUCCAGCAUCGGGCUGGGCUUGACAUGAGAGAAGCAGCCAAGAGUCUUGUCCGUCAGGUUGGGCGGCGGUCUCCUCGCCAUGCGCCGCGCUGCUGAUGUUGAGGAAGAUGACGACGACAUUGUAUGGAAGGAUUGCCCACCGCUGUGUUGAUGAUGAAUGAGAGGGAAGUCAAGGCGUGUGUUGGCGUGUGUUGGCUGUUGCUCUGCGCAAGCUGCGCCGACGCACCUGCCUCCGCCCUCGGACAGAGACAGGAAAGGCCGCCCGCCCGGUUCGGUCGGCGAAGCUCGAAAAAGCUGUGGGGGAGCCAGAGCGCCGAGCCGGUUGAAAGAAAAGAGGAAGCAACUGCAGCUAGCUACGCCGGUGAUGAACGAAGCAGGGCAAAGGGUCUGAUCGUCGAUAAUGAGAUGGUGACGGAGAAUCUCCGAUUGAGCGCUUCAUCGAGAGAAGUCUCAUAACCGUGCAAGACUCGUUCGAGGAGGUCAUGUGUUCUGAUACGCGUAAGGUCAUUCAAUAGACCCACACAAUCUCAGGUCAGGUUCAUCUCG